AUGUUCAACCUAUCUUUGUACCCCUAUCAGGACAUCACGGGGGAAGAGCACCUGGGCUUCCUUCCCAUUCUGUUGGAGCCUCCUGCUCUCAAAUGCCCUGCUUUUUUACAUUCUCCAGGUAUUUUUUACAUUUUCCAGAUAGUUUUACAAAGGUAUUUCUCCCAUGUCUGGGUCAGGGUCCUUUCCCACUUCAAUGCCUCCUUCUUUUCCUUCUGUGUCUCCUCUCCUUCCUCUCCCCCCCCCCCUCCCAUUUCUGCAAGCAGCCAGCAGGAGGUAUCUAGGAAGCCUUUCUCUUCUAAGCACACCCGACCCCUUGCUUCUCCUCAGCUCCGAGGACAGGAAGACGAGGACAAAAUGUCUCUGCUGGAAUGCAGCGUGAACACCAUCAUCGACAUCUUCCACCAGUACUCGGUUCGCCUGGGCCACCCGGACCGCCUGAACCAGAGAGAGUUCAGCCAGCUGGUGAAGAAGGAGCUGCCUAACUUCCUCAAGAAGGAGAAGAAGAACGAAAACCUCAUCAAGGACAUCUUGGAGGACCUGGACACAAACGGAGACAAGGACCUGAGCUUCGAGGAGUUCAUCACCCUGGUGGGCACGCUGACAGAGGCCUCCCACGAGGAGAUGCACAAGAACACCCCCAAAGGGCACGGCCACACCCACGGGCCAGGCUUCGGGGAGUCUGGCCGCAACCCCUGCAAAACCCAGGGUGGCAACCAGAGUGGCGGCGGCAGCCACGGCCACGGCCACGGCCACAGCCACGGUGGCCACGGCCACAGCCACUAACCUGGAGGCAGGCCACCCUGUCCCUCCCUCCCAACCAGGGCCCCAGGCAGUGUGCGCACAGCUGAGGCGGGGCCUGAGCUGCAAGGCUGGGGGUUAAGAUGAAUAAAGAGUUCCU